AUGAGACUCGAAGAAAAUCAGAUCAAGACCUCUGCUGUACCAAUUUUGGGAUUUAACAGCCAGAGGGUAUACCCGAAGGGCGUUGUUCGAUUAACCGUGGUAGCCGCAGAACGCACCUUGUCUGUGGACUUCCUCAUCGUGGACUCCAUCACAAGCUACAACGCCAUCAUGGGAAGAAGUUGGAUCCACCGAAUGCAGGGAGUGGUCUUAACAUUGCAUCAAGUUAUGCGGUGCCAUUCACCCAACGGACGGUAUACCAUCGACAUAAAAGGAUGCCAGAAGCAAGCCAAGAAAUACUUCCUUACCUUGAAAGAAAUAAAUGAUUCCGGCACCUCCCCUCCUGAAGACAAUCCCAACAAAUAG